AUGCUGAACAAAAUGAUCUCCUCCCUCCAGCGCCAGACAAUGAGAAGUCGUAGGCUAAAGGGGGCGCUGUCCAACCCCCUCUUUGUGCUGCUCUUGGCCCUUCAAAUUUUGGUGGUCGCCGGGCUAGUUCGUGCACAGACGUGUCCUUCUGUAUGCUCGUGCAGUAACCAGUUCAGCAAGGUCAUAUGCACCCGUCGCAGUUUACGAGAUGUGCCAGAUGGUAUAUCAACCAACACCCGUUACUUAAACCUCCAGGACAACCUAAUACAGGUGAUCAAGGUGGACAGUUUCAAACAUCUGCGGCAUCUGGAAAUUCUCCAGCUGAGCAAGAAUCACAUCCGCAGCAUUGAAAUAGGCGCCUUCAAUGGACUCGCAAGUCUGAACACUUUAGAGCUCUUUGAUAAUCGACUCACGACAAUCCCUAAUGGAGCAUUCGAGUAUUUGUCCAAGUUAAAGGAAUUAUGGCUUCGGAAUAACCCCAUUGAAAGUAUACCAUCCUAUGCCUUCAACCGAGUCCCGUCGCUUCGAAGGUUAGACCUAGGUGAGCUUAAGCGGCUCUCCUACAUUUCAGAUGGCGCGUUCAAGGACUUGAGCAAUCUGCGCUAUUUGAAUUUGGGAAUGUGCAACCUCAAGGAGAUCCCGAACAUCUUACCACUGGUUAGAUUAGAAGAGUUGGAAAUGUCUGGAAAUCAGCUGUCCGUUGUCAAGCCGAGCUCAUUUACAGGAUUAGUCAACCUCCAGAAGCUAUGGAUGAUGCAUGCCCAAAUCCAAGCAAUUGAGAGGAAUUCCUUUGAUGACUUGCAGUCGCUAGUGGAGCUUAACCUUGCUCACAACAACCUUACCUUUCUUCCGCAUGACCUUUUCACACCACUGCAUCGUAUGGAACGGGUCCACCUUCAUCACAACCCUUGGAAUUGCAACUGUGAUAUCUUGUGGCUCAGUUGGUGGCUGAAAGAGUCUGUACCCGCGAAUACAAGUUGCUGUGCCCGCUGCCAUACUCCGACACUCUUCAAAGGUCGCUACAUUGGAGAAUUGGACCACAGCUACUUCCAGUGUGAUGUUCCUGUCAUUGUGGAGCCACCCUCUGACUUAAAUGUGACAGAAGGCAUGGGUGCAGAGCUGAAAUGUCGUACCAGCUCCUUGACAUCUAUCAGCUGGCUCACACCAAAUGGCUCACUGGUGACACACGGGGCUUAUAAGGUGAGGCUGGCUGUACUCAAUGAUGGGACACUUAACUUUACCAGCGUCACGAUGCAAGACACUGGAACGUAUACCUGUAUGGUCAGCAACACAGCGGGCAACAUCUCCGCCUCAGCAGUGCUCAAUGUCACGUCUGUGGAAAACAGUGGCGUGACCUAUUUUACAACAGUCACGGUGGAGACCAUCGAGAGCCCAAGUGAUGACAGCCACACUCCGCUCCCCCCAUUUGGUUGGGUGUCAUCCUCGACGACAAAAACAACUCCCGUUUCAACGAGGACCACAGAGAGGACUUUUACAAUUCCAGUUCUGGAUCUGGAUGGAGAAGGAGCCCUCAAUGGUCUGGAUGAGGUGAUGAAAACCACCAAGAUUAUCAUUGGCUGCUUUGUGGCCAUUACACUCAUGGCUGCGGUUCUACUUGUUAUUUUCUACAAAAUGAGGAAGCAACAUAACCAGCAGGAUCCUGAUGGUCCAGCUUCCUCUAUGGAAGUCAUUACCGUUGAAGAAGAGCUCGCAGGUGUUGCCGCUAUUGACAGACACCUAUCGCUGCCCCCACUGGAGCACUACAACCACUACAACACCUACAAGAGCUCUUAUCACCCUUCUAUGCUCAGUACCAUACACAGCUCUACUACACAGGAACAUUUACUGAUUCAAGCCUGCUCAAAAGACAAUGUACAAGAGACCCAAAUCUGA